UCAACACUGUGUCUUCCCGAAUGUAAACAAGCGGUAGAUUGAAAUUAACUAAACUAGAGCUGAGUGAAUAGUGAUUGUUAUAAACCCGCAAGAAAACCUUACGCAAAAAUGUUUCUUACCAAUAUUUUACUUAAAAAGGUUAAGAGCAAAAACAUCCUCGUGCUGAUGGAAAGUGCCGUGAGCGGUCACCAGUUUACAUGGAUUCGGGAACGUUUGGCCGAUAAGAUUGAGAUGAUUCGAUUCGAUCCGUACAUACAACGUAACAGUCUAUACAGGGAGCGUAGACGGGUUCGCAGCUUGAACUAGGCAAUAGCUUGUUGAGCUUGAUUAAUAAAUAAUAAUGUUAUACCAAACAA